GCAACAUGAUAUCUUUGGAUCAGAAAACAUGGCUGAGCUAGUAAACAAGCUAUUUUCUCCUACAGCACAACUCAUGAGCACAGGAUGGGUGAGACUGGCAAUACACUACCUAUCCAAAGAGACAACAGCACAUAAAUGGGAUGACCUCCAGCUAAAGUCCAUCUUCCUCCUCUCUUCAGCCCUUGCAAAGAAAGUCUCAAGCUUUAGUCUGAUUGUGCAAGUCACAACAUGAAGAAGUCCUCCACAUCCCUAUCAAAAGAUGCUGUGAGAAGAAGAUGGAGCACAAACCUAAUUCAUCUGCAUUUCCUCUACACGUCUUUGUGCCCCAGAUACCUCCAAAGGAAAGGAGAGGACAGUGCUCUGGAGCAGUUAUCUCUCUUCUUUGCUUGUGCUGUGAUUAGCAGACAUCCCUGGUAUUCUUUGUACCAGACUUCUUGUUUUGCAUUCAAAAUACAAUCCCAGCAUUGGGCAGAGGCAGCAAAAGAAGAGAAAAACAAGGGAAACAGCUUUACCAUUUUUUUUCAUCUUGUGACCAAACGAACAUCAAGAAUCACAACCACCAGCACCACCACAAUAAAAAUGGACGUGUUGCAGCACCGUAGCCUUGCUAGCCGGGAGAGAGCAGUAAGUGAAGGCUGCAGAGGUUUGACCACAAGCCCUCGGGGAGGGAUCGAAGCAUUUGAGGACCGCCAGCAGGCACAAACCUGCCUCGAAGGGCACCGGGCGUCCCCGAGGGGCACCCCUGAGGCCGCCCCUUUGCCUGGCGGCCCCGAGGCCCGGCUGCCGCGGCACGGGGGGCAUCCAGCUGUUGCAAACAGCUGUCUGUCAGCCCCGGCCGCGCCGCGGCCGAGCGCGGGGUCCGCCCCGCCGGCGUCCCCGCCCCUGCGAGGAGGAGGAGGAGGAGGAACCGAGAGUGACCGACCCGGUGGCUUUUAG